AUGCGUCGUGAACAAGUAUUGAAAUUAUGUGCAAAUCAUCAGAUAACAUCACAAAUGGAAUUAAAACCACAUCAAGGUUCAACUAAUGCUUAUUUAUGGUCAGCAAUGGAUUUUGCUGAUGGUGAAGCUAAACAUGAAACAUUAUGUAUAAGAUUUAAAACUGAUGAACAGGCUAAAAAUUUUGCUAAGGUAUUUAAUGAAGCCAAAGACACGAAUUUAAAGAAAUCAGAUGAUUUAUCAUCAGUUGGAAAAAUUUCAUUAACUGAUGAAACAAAAACAAAAACAACCGCCGCAAAUGAUGAUGAUGUUAUUUCUAUUGGUGAAGUGAAACCAUCAGCAGAACAAAUCGAUCGAGCAAAGAAACUUCAAUUACCAUCAACAUUCUUUCUAUAUGAAAACAAAGAACCAUGUAAAGGUUGUCCAGGCUGUAAAGAAGAUACGCUACCAGUUGCACCAAAUGACAAUAAAACAGCAACAACAAAUGCAACUAAAACCGACACAAAAACUACAGGUCCUCAAACACCAUCGACCGCACCAGUAUCAGCAUCAAAAACUCCAUUGAGUUCAAGUGAAAAUAUAAAAUUUUCAUUUGGAAAUGCUGAUAAAUCACAAAUACAAAAACAAACAUCAACAACUAAAGAUGAUAAAACAUCUGUUGAAUCACCAUCAUCUUCAAAUUCAAAUACAGCAUCACAAUAUGAUAAUAAACCAUCUAUUUUUGGAAGUUUUAAUGGUAGUUCAUCAAUUUUUGGAAGUUCAACACCAUUAAAUAAUACGAAUGGUUCAAUAUUUGGUGGUAAUACAUCAUCAAAACCAUCAACUAAUGCUGCUAGUGGAUUUUCAUUUCCUGGUUUUGGUGGUGGUAGUGGUGCAGCAGCAACAACACCUUCAAAUGGAUUUCAAUUUUCUACACCAACUGCAAAUGCUACAGCCACAACUGCAGCUACAACAACAACAACAACAACAACAACAACAGAUACAAAUCCAACAUUUUCAUUUGGAUCAACUGCAGCAACAUCUACAGCAAAUACUAAUUCAACAUUUUCAUUUGGAUCAACAAAUAAACCACUUUUUGGUAAUUCACCUAAAUUUAGUUUCUCUGAAUUAGCUAAACAAACACCAACAAAUGAAGAUAAACCAACAAGUAAUGGUACUGAACAACGAGUAUUUGCUGGACAAGGUUCACUUGUAUUUGGUACAGGUGCAACAAAUAUAACUACAACAGGAAAUAAUCAUGAAGAUGAUGAUGGUGAAGGUGGUGGUGGUGACGAUUCUGAAUAUGAACCAAAUGUAUCAUUUAAACCUAUUGUUCAGCU